CUCCAGCGAUCCCGAAUGCCAAAGCUCGCCCGCAUUUCGGGUGGUUGUGGAAGAGAAACAACCUAUUUAAACCAUGUACCAACCAAAGAGAGCAUCAGUAAGCGACACAAGUUCCAAUUAGAAACAUCUCAGAAAAAGGCACAGAUUGAACAUGAGAGGUAUCAUCCUUUUGGCUGUCGUCUGCACGGCAUCAGCCUUUCCUCAAGUCUUCAAUAACGAUGGCACCCGAUCUGGGGCCUCAUAUGGAUCCGAUGGCGGAGCCGGCCAACAAACUCAGGACCUCAUUGACGAACUCUUCAAGCCCGUGAACAAGUAUGAGGAGGACACUGAAGAGUAUAUUCCCAAGCAAGUUAUUGGUCAAACUUACAAACCUCCGGUGGAGAAGGUGGACACGUCCCAUGAAUAUUGCGAAAGCUACCCGGGUUACGAGUGCGUCAACUGGGACCGAUGCGAUGAGAACUUCGAGGUCAUCACCAAUGGAGCUGGUUUGUUUGAUGUCCGCAUUGGACCCUCCAACACCCAGGAGAUCGGUUUCGACCCCUUGGACAGCAAGUGUCGGGAGUCACUUCAUGUGUGUUGUGUCAAGAACCAAACUGUCAUUGACUACUACAAGACCACUACUCAGCCCCCCAUUCCUGAGCCCGAGCCUUAUCGAUCCCGAUGCGGAACUCACAACAAGAACGGGCUCGGCUUGAGAAUCCAAAAUUACGAAAACUUGGCCGAAACUCAAUUCGGAGAGUUCCCCCACAUGUGCGCCAUCUUGGAGGUCAAGGGAACCAACAACCUGUAUGUUUGUGGAGCUUCCAUCAUUGCCCCUGAUGUGAUCCUGACCGGUGCUCAUUGCGUCAAAAAGCAUCAAGACUCCGUGCUAAAGGUUCGAUGUGGAGAAUGGGACACUCAACAACAAAUUGAACCAAUUCCUCACCAAGACCGCAUUGUUAGAGACAUUGUAAUCCACCCUGGUUAUGAUGAAACCACUUUGUACAAUGAUGUGGCUCUCCUCUUCACCGAGACCGAAUUCAUCCUGUCACCCCAUGUGGACGUCAUGUGUCUGCCCAAUCUUCAAGACUUGACCAACGGCUACGGUACCGAAGGUUGCAUUGCCACUGGAUGGGGUAAAGACGAAUUCGGAAGCCAGGGUGCUUAUCAGGUCAUCUUGAAGGGCAUUGACAACAUUGGCAUCACUAACAACGAGCAAUGUCAAGCUGCUUUGAGGACAACCCGUUUGGGCGAAUACUUCAGCCUCCACGAGUCCUUCCUGUGCGCUGGCGGUCAAGCCGGUGUUGACACUUGCAAGGGUGACGGUGGUGGCCCAUUGAUCUGUCCCAUUUUGGACUCCUACGGCAAUCCUACAGACCGCUUUGCCCAAGCUGGUAUCGUUGCCUGGGGAGUAGGUUGUGGUCAAGAGGGCAUUCCCGGCGUCUACGCCGAUGUGUCCAAGGCUUUGUGCUUCAUUGAUGCCGCCACCCGAUGCCACAAAGGAUUGGUGACUGACUACUACGGAAUCAAUGGAUGCAAUGCUUGGGCUCAAGACGAGAUUGCCGCCUUGGACAAUAUCAUCUAUGACCUCCAAGCUAAGGCUGAUGAAUAUGAGCAAGGUUCCCGAGAGUGGCGAUCUGCCACAGGCAAGGUUCGCCGACAAACCGUCAAAAAGGCCUCUUAUGAGACUUUCGUUGGAAAGUGCUUGCCUUCCGGUGACUUCCAAGAUGGAUAUGACCAAGGGGAGAUCGACGUCUCUGACUUAGGCCGACGUACUAACGAAAAGGCCGCUGCUCCAGAUGCUGGUGGAGACUCUUACUCCGAUGACGGAAUUAAUGACGACAGCGUUGCCAAUGGUUACGGUAAUGAGCCUGGUCUCCGUUCCGCUCCUGCUGAUGAAGCUGAGAAUACUGAAGAAGCCGAUGAGGGCCAAUAGGCACAACAUGUGAUUACUUUUUUUAUGCCUCAUGUCCAUGACAAGUAUUAUAAUAACUAAGCCAAUAAAAAUAAAAAAAAUAUUCAUAGA